UCAGUUUGGUUUGGUUGUGUUGUGUUGUGUUGUCAGUUUCAGUUGUGUAUUGUGAAUGCGCGUCGGGUGUGUCGGUCACCUCGCUUAUCUGCGUGUCUGUUUAAAUACUUGUUAUCAGUUGGUAGUUAAUUGUUACUUAAAUUAUAUACUCUGCGAUUUUUGGCCAGUGAAUUAUUGUACUGCGCUAGGUAAGCCGCAAGUUUAUCUAAACGCCAAAACAUGACGACGCGUCUCGUAUGUGCCAGUAACAAACUAUUUAUUUUAUAGUAUUUCAGAGUAAGUAGUGGGACAAGAUGGCUAAAGCAACAGGCAAAGAGCACCCGGAGGAGGACCUGUUCUUUCCGCCGGGUGCCCCGCCGCCCUACAUCACCUCGCAGGGCGCGCCGGGCUCCAGCACCAACCACUCGGACACGGUGAUCUCAUUCCCGGAGGUGGUGGUGAGCGGCCCCCCCCCACCCGGCGGCGACGCGGCGGCGGCGGCGGCGGGCUUCCACUUCUCCGACAAGAUGAUCCGCCAGGGCUUCAUCCGCAAGGUGUACUGCAUCAUCAUGGCGCAGCUGGCGCUGACGGCGGGCGUGGUGGCCUGGUUCAUGUUCGACGAGCGCGUGAUGCGCGCCGUGGCGCUCUGCCCGGCCGUCUUCUUCGGGGUGGCGCUGAGCACGUACCUGACGACGGCGCUGUGCAUCAUGUGCUGCGAGGGCCCGCGGCGGCGCGUGCCCUACAACUACGUGUUCCUGCUGCUGCUCACGCUCGCGCUGUCCGCCAUCGUGGGCGCCGCGUGCGCGCUGUACCACGUGCGCGAGGUGAGCUCCCGUCCCGUCCCGUCUACACAACACAACACAACUACACUACAACUACGUGUUCCUGCUGCUGCUCACGCUCGCGCUGUCCGCCAUCGUGGGCGCCGCGUGCGCGCUGUACCACGUGCGCGAGGUGAGCUCCCGUCCCGUCCCGUCUACACAACACAACACAACUACACUACAACUACGUGUUCCUGCUGCUGCUCACGCUCGCGCUGUCCGCCAUCGUGGGCGCCGCGUGCGCGCUGUACCACGUGCGCGAGGUGAGCUCCCGUCCCGUCCCGUCUACACAACACAACACAACUACACUACAACUACGUGUUCCUGCUGCUGCUCACGCUCGCGCUGUCCGCCAUCGUGGGCGCCGCGUGCGCGCUGUACCACGUGCGCGAGGUGAGCUCCCCUCCCGUCCCGUCUACACAACACAACACAACUACACUACAACUACGUGUUCCUGCUGCUGCUCACGCUCGCGCUCUCCGCCAUCGUGGGCGCCGCGUGCGCGCUGUACCACGUGCGCGAGGUGAGCUCCCCUCCCGUCCCGUCUACACAACACAACACAACUACAACUACGUGUUCCUGCUGCUGCUCACGCUCGCGCUGUCCGCCAUCGUGGGCGCCGCGUGCGCGCUGUACCACGUGCGCGAGGUGAGCUCCCGUCCCGUCCCGUCUACACAACACAACACAACUAAAACUACGUGUUC